UGUAAGAAGAAGAAAACCUAAUAUACCUUCUUCCGAAACUGUGAAGAAGAAAGAUGGUAGUGGUAACAGUUACAGUUGCAAGAUGCUGCUCUUUUUUGGCAAAUCAGGACAGAGACAUGCCUUCCCCACCGCAGACGACGGUUGAAGGCCGGCAUGGAGGAUUGUCACUAAAGAGAAGGCAAGUUCUUCUUUCUUCAGGGGCAGCUUUGAUUUCUUCUCCGGCAGGUCUUCCUAUUCCCGGCGAUGCCUUUGCAGUUGUCAAACAGGGUCUUCUCGCCGGCAGGAUUCCUGGCCUCUCUGAACCUGAUCAACAAGGUUGGAGAACUUAUAGGAGACCAGAUGAAAAAUCUGGAGGUCAUGGUGUUGGAUGGAGUCCUAUCAUUCCUUAUUACUUUCAAGUCCCUGAAAAUUGGGAAGAGGUUCCUGUCUCCAUUGCUGACCUAGGAGGAACCGAGAUCGAUUUGAGGUUUUUGAAUCCAAAGGAAGGUCGUCUUUCAGUUAUCGUCGCACCUGUCUUAAGAUUCGCCGACAAUCUAGGAGAUGAUGCGAAGAUCGAAACGAUUGGUCCUCCAGAAAGAGUGAUAAGUGCGUUUGGACCCGAAGUUAUUGGCGAGAAUGUAGAUGGGAAGGUGUUGAGUUCUAAAGUGGCGGAACACUCGGGAAGAUUGUAUUAUCAGUUCGAGCUUGAGCCGCCUCACAUUUUCAUAACCGCGACUGCAGCUGGGAACCGACUCUACUUGUUCAAUGUAACGGCUAAUGGUCUUCAAUGGAAGAAGCAUUACAAAGAUUUGAAAAAGAUAGCUGAGUCCUUCAGGAUUGUAUAAUGAAGAAGAAGGCAUACAAAAAAGGGGAAAAAAAGAGGUAGCAUUUAUAUAGUAAAUGGGCAUGUGUAAACUAAGAUUUUGCAUGAAUCUGGUUUAAUUAUAUUAUUAAAUU